AUGGAGGGUUUAAGAAGAAGAAACGUUCGCCUGGAUUCAUACACUUGUAAGAUGUGUGGCGAGGAAGAGGAAACCGUAGACCACCUGUUUGUUGGUUGUCAAUUAGCUCUAGCAGUAUGGGAUUUCAUUGCGGAUUGGACAAGAUGUCUGAGGUUAUUCGCCUUCACCGUUAAGGAUAUUAUUAACCUUCACAAAAACGUCCGUGGGAGCCGAAGAUGGAAACAACUUCUCCAGCUGAUUAUAUUGGUGGCUUUAUGGGGAAUUUGGAGGUGUAGAAACGACAGGGUAUUCAAGGACAAGGAACCGAAUUUUGAAGGGCUGAAGCAAGAAAUUCGACAGUUGGGAUUCCUUUGGUUUAAGAACAGGGCAAAGAGACAUUCGGUGACAUGGGUUCAACGGUGUAAUAUGGACACAUAUAGUAUGGAUUUGUAA